UUGUGAAUUCUGCACUGCACCAUGCCACAUUUAAUUACUCGGAUAGGGCUACUGGUUUUGCUCGCAUUCAUCUACACUGCUGGAGCAAGCUGUACUGUCUCUGCUCCGUCAGGGCCUAGGACCAUCCGUUUUGGAUCACAGCACACCAUCACAUGUCAGUUUUCAGCCAAUUGCUUCUCAAGCUCCUGGACGAAAGAUGGGCUCUCACUCUCCAAUAAUCCAAACUACACUGUCACCUCUGGGAGCACCAGGAGCAGCAUCAGUUUUAAUGCUAGUCUUUCUGACACUGGGGACUUUGUUUGUAACGUGAUCAAGUUCCACUUCUCAGACUCGAGCAUUAAAAGAUAUUUCAGAAUUUUUGUUGAAAAGGCCGUGGAAGUACACAUUUAUCCAAAUGCUAUUAACAGUGUUGAAGGUGAGAUGGUGAGUAUUAACUGUACAGCGAUAGGAGCUCCUACUCCUUCAUCAAUAUCAUGGUAUCGUAAUGGACUCCCUCUAAAUCCAGCCCCUGAGUCUAAUAAAAGCACAGACCAGCAAACCGUCACCAGCAGACUUGUGCUGCAACCUUUGGAAAGAAAUGAUGAAGGGGUUUAUAGCUGUUCAGCUUUUAAUGCACCAUCUAGCAUUGGGUUUAAAACAGCACACUCUUCUGAUGUUCUAGUGACUGUGUAUUAUUUGCCACUUUUUAUUCUCCAGCCUCCUUUUAUAGUAGAAGGAAUAGCAGGAGGGAACACCAGCUUGUUCUGUUCAGUGACAGCUAAUCCUCUUCCUCCAGUUGUGUAUUGGUUAACUAGUAAUGGGCUUAAUCUCACUAAUAUCUCAACAAGUGUUGUUGUCUCACCUAAAGUCAUUGAAAGUACUCUCACUUUGGAGAAUGUUCAGUUGUCUGAUGAGUUGAAUUACUCUUGUGUUGUUGAGCAAGUCAUACCAUCAAAUAAUAACAGGACAUUAAUUAAGGCUCAAACUCAGUUACUGAUUGCAUACCCACCACAAGUGAGCUCACCUAUUCAUAACGUCACUGUUAAUGCAUCAGAUGAAGUCACCUUGUUAUGUGAAGGAUUUGGUAACCCCAGACCAGUCAUUGAAUGGUAUUUCAUUGGCAAAGAUGGUAACGAAGUUCAAAUUCACAAUGCUUCAAGAUCGCUUCCAUUGAGUGAUAGAACUAUCGUUUCUAACCUAACACUAACCAAUGUUACAAUAGACCAGGAAGGAUCAUACAGAUGUAAAGGAACUAAUAAUGUCACUAACUUAAUUGGAUCUAAAGAAGACACCUUAAUACACCUCACAGUACAUUCUCCUCCUCAGUUAAUUAGAGUGAAUUCAUCAUCUAAUUACAGUUUACUAGUAAAUGAAUCAAUCACUCUUUCCUUCAGUAUCAAUUUUGCCUCUCCUCCUGUCAAAAGUGAGCAAGUAGCUUGGACACUGACAACAGUCAACAGGGAGAUCAAAGAAUUAAACUCAUCUGAUCAAUUCCAAAUUUCAGCUGAUGGCCUCUCCCUCACAAUAUUUUCAGUGUCACUGGAAGAGAAUGGAUUCAUACAGUCGACUGUGUACAAUGAAGUUGGUACCGAUAGCAAAGGAUAUUAUUUGCUUAUAGGAACUUCUCCUAGUGUCAGCAUUUUACCAAGACAUGUGGGAGUCGCAAUAGGAACACGAAAUAUUUCCUUUACUUGUAGUUCUUCUGGUCAUCCUAUUCCACUCCUGACUUGGUAUGCUAAUGAUCAGGAGCUGUCUCUUAGUCAAGACAAGUAUUCUUCAUUAUAUACUAAUACUAAUGGAACUAGUGUUUUGACUUUGUUUGAUCUUGGUUUGUCUGAUGCUGCAAGGUAUACUUGCUUAGCUAGUAAUGUGUUUGGAAAUGAUACUGUUGAUAAUCAUUUAGUUGUUCAAGUACCACCUAACAUCACUCUCACU